CUUGCGGCUCGUCCAGCUGGCGCCCAGCCCAGCGGCUCCGCAAAGGCGCCGGUCGCCCGCCGCCGCCUGGCCGCUGGCUGGCUGGCCGGCUGAGGCGCGCGGGCUCGGCGGGCGGCGGCGCAGCCUCCCCUGCCCCGCCGCUCGCCCCACCUUCUGCGCCGGAGAUCGACAGGCACGGAGGAGCGCCAGCCGCAGCCGCGCACAAGCGCCGCGGCGCGCCCGGCUCGCCAGCCGCAGGGAGGCGGAGGGAGCCAGCAGGAGCCGCCGCAGAAGAGCCGCCGCCGCCGGGCGGGGAGGCCGCGCAACAGGUGCCCGGGGGAUGCGUGCUCCAGCCGCGCCGCGGCACGGGGCCGAAGCCACGCAAAAUGAGCUCGAGCACGGCAGCUUCCCAACUACAGGCUGUGCAUAGCCAUUUGGAGAAGCCUUCUGGAGCUGCAAUCCUGUGCCACAAUUGUGGUAGUCCAUGCAAAGGAGAAGUGUUGAGAGUGCAGAAGAAGUAUUUUCAUAUUAAAUGUUUUGUUUGCAAAGCGUGUGGAUGCGACUUGGCGCAAGGGGGCUUUUUUGUGAGACAAGGGGACUACAUCUGCACGUCGGACUACCAGCAGCUCUACGGCACUCGGUGCUUCAGCUGUGAGGAAUUCAUUGAGGGAGAGGUGGUCUCGGCCCUGGGGAAGACCUACCACCCAAACUGCUUUGUGUGUGUGCUCUGCAGGCAGCCGUUUCCUCCUGGGGACCGCGUAACUUUCAAUGGCAAGGACUGUGUCUGCCAGAAAUGUUCUCUGCCCCCUGCUGGUACCAGUUUUCCAGUCCUCCAAAAUUGUGGGAACUGCGGCUCUGAAAUCAAGAAUGGUCAGUCUCUGAUAGCGUUGGACCAACGCUGGCACCUGGCCUGCUUCAAGUGCAAGAUUUGCGGCAAACUCCUCAGCGCGGAGUAUAUCGGCAAGGACGGAGUUCCAUAUUGCGAAAGAGACUAUCAUGCUACCUUUGGGAUACAGUGUGACCGUUGUGGGAAGUUCAUCACUGGCAGAGUUCUGGAGGCCGGAGAAAAGCAUUACCACCCUACAUGUGCCUGCUGUGAUAAGUGCAAUCAGGUGUUUGCUGAAGGCGAAGAGAUGUAUCUUCAAGGGACUUCUAUUUGGCAUCCAGCCUGUAGACAGGCAGCCAAAGUUGAAGAAAAGGCCAAGGAAACCAGAACAUCGUCUGAAAGCAUAAUUUCUGUGCCUCCUUCAAGUGCAUCGGGUUCCCCAAGUCGAGUAAUUUAUGCAAAACUUGGAGAGGAAAUUCUUGACUACCGAGACUUGGCUGCUCUCCCCAAGAACAAGGCCAUCUACAACAUUGACCGCCCAGAUAUGAUCUCCUACUCUCCCUACAUCAGCUACUUGACCGACGACCGGCACAGCCAUGGGGAGGGUGACCAAGAUGACCAGUCCUUCAAGCCGUGCCGGAUUUCAAGCCCCAGUUCCACCAGCUCGCUGGGCUACGGACGUACCACUCCUCUUUGCCAUUCACCUCCGAAUUUCAGCAGAGCAGCUGGUACCGAGACUCCUGGUACCAGCAGCUGCAUCUCCCUGCCCAACCACCCCAGCCUUACCUCUGCAUUCAGACAUCAUUACAUCCCCUUCUUCAAAGGCAGUGAAAGUGGCCGGAGCACCCCAAGUUUAUCCCUCUGUUCAGACAACAAAUCUGCAUCCUCUCUCUAUCAGCAGGCGCCCAAACAUUUUCAUGUUCCAGACACUGGAAUAAAAGAUAACAUCUAUAGGAAACCCCCUAUCUACAGACAGCAUGCAUCAAGAAAAUCAGACAGUGAUGGGGGUUCUGAUCAAGACAGCAAGAAGUUAAAGUCUAGCUGGCUGGCUUUGAAAGGGGACGUGGAUUUUAGAACUAACUCUCCUGAUUUGGAUACUCAGUCACUGCCGCAAAGUCCUGGGACAGACCGACAGCUUCAGCGGCUGCAGAGCAACACAACCUGCACCUACCUGCGAUUUCCAUAUUCCAAAUCAGCUUCUCUUCCCGAUUACGGAAAGAAUGGGUUACAGCAUGCUGCAAACAUGGCCCCAGAUGACCAGGACACUGCCUGGGGAAAGAGAGAAUACAAGGUCUAUCCGUAUGAAACACUUACCGUAACCAACAGAGUUCGAGUAAAACUACCGAAGGAUGUGGACAGAACCAGGCUCGAGCGCCACCUCUCCCCUGAAGAGUUUCAGGAAGUCUUCAAAAUGAGCAUCGAACAAUUUGAACGACUUGCGCUUUGGAAACGCAACGAGCUAAAGAAAAAAGCUUUGCUUUUCUAGCCUUCCCGAGACGAAGAGAGAUGUGCUCAACGUGAGCCAGCUCCAUGCUUACUUCCACUUCUUGUGUGCACUUGCUAUUGACCUCGUAAAGCUUCAUUGUAUUCAGGCAGAAAAAUAGGCACGAAGAGAGAGGCCCAGCUAAAUCUCUCCGUACCGCCAGAUCUUUAAAAGAUAUAACCAACCUUGCUUUCAAUUACUGCUUUACUUGUUGCUUGCUGCAAAACCAAAACAGAACAAAAUCCAGAAACCAGUUAUUUCAAAUAGGAAAGAAAGAACUGUCAUUUUGAACGAAACAAAAUACUCGGCUACAAUUUGACUACAACAUUUCUGGACUUGUGAGCAAAACCUACGUGAAAUCAAAGCUGAUGAAUCGGGAGGGGACUUCCCCAUGAGCUAAAAAAAAAACUAAGCCGGUGUGAAAAAAGGUCAAAGAAAAGCAUGUCAAAAACCCACUCUUGCCAAUGGUUGUGCGUGACAUCUUUUUAGAAAUACAGUAAAAGCAAACCUACAAUGUAA